CCCAAGGGGGGAGUAUACCACCUGCUCAUAUUGUCUGAUUCCUGGGGUGCUUGUUCUACACCCCCAGACCCUCCUUCCGUGUGCAGCCUUUUCCAUCACUCCUUUGAGGGCUCCAAACUGCCUGGACCACAGACAGGAUGGACAGAUUGAGAGUUGGUGCUGCAGAAGGGAUACUGGUCAGAUAAUUGAGUAAGGAGUAAGGAGGCAGGAACAUGAGCCGCCUAGAUACAAGUAGCAACUGCUCGUUUGAAGCCGUGGAUAAGCUCAUGAGUACCUUGCAGCUGGCCGUCCACAUCCCAACCUUCCUCCUUGGCCUGGUCCUCAAUCUGUUGGCCAUCCGAGGCUUCAGCACCUUCCUGAAGAAGCGGCAGCCAGAAUACAUCGCCACUUCCAUCUACAUGAUCAACUUGGCUGUCUUCGACCUACUGCUUGUGCUCUCGCUCCCAUUCAAGAUGGCCCUGCCACAGGUGGAGUCCCCCUCCUCAGCCCUCUGCACCCUGGUGGAGUGCCUCUACUUCAUCAGCAUGUACGGGAGUGUCUUCACCAUCUGCUUCAUCAGCCUGGACAGGUUCCUCGCCAUCCAGUACCCAGUCCUAGUCAGCCACCACCGGUCCCCCAGGAAAACCUUCGGGAUCUGCUGCAUCCUCUGGAUCCUGGUAUGGAUUGGAAGCAUCCCCAUCUACACUUUCCACGGGGAGGAGAAAUACAAAUGUUUCCACAACAUGUCUGACAGCACCUGGAGUGCCAAGGUCUUCUUCCCCCUGGAGAUCUUUGGCUUCCUCCUUCCCAUGGGCAUCAUGGGCUUUUGUUCCUACAGGAGCAUUCACAUUCUGCUGGGCCGUGCAGACUACACCCAGAGAGCCUGCAUCUGGACCAUUGCUACCAAUCUUGUCAUCUUCGUGGUCUCCUUUCUCCCAGUACACUUGGGCUUCUUCCUGCAGUACUUGGUAAGGAAUGGCUUCAUCUCAGAGUGCAGGGUCAGGCAGGGCAUCAGCCUCUUCCUGCAACUGUCCCUGUGUUUCUCCAACAUCAACUGCUGCCUUGACGUUUUCUGCUAUUAUUUUGUCAUCAAAGAAUUCCGCAUGGGCAUCAAGGCCCACCGGCCCUCCACAGCCCAGCUGGUCCACCAGGACACCACAAACACCAGGGGUUAAGGGAAGGGACCCCUCUCAAGGGAAGGAAAUCCAGGUCCCAAAUUCUCAUAAGGAACAUCCAAUCCUUCUUUGACACUCGCUAAGUACCAUCUUUGUUCUUUAAACCCUAAGACCUUUCCACUGCACCUGGACGGCUGACAUAUGUCACACUUGUUUGGGGUUUGCUAAAGAACCAGGUGACUUCUUCAUUUCUAAGUCCAAAAUGUAUG